AUGGAUCGACCAGGCCAUCGAAACGGUGCCUUGCAAAGUACUUCCGUUUCGCCCAAAGCGGCACCGGUCGCCUCCCGGCGCAUGGCACCUUCUACGAUAGUCGAGGAUCUGAUAAGGACAGAAGCGAUGCGUAGUAAAGGAGUGCCGGGAGCCGAUCUGUCCGAUAUCUACAAUCUAAACCGCGGCGAAGAAGAACGAUGCAAACCCGUCAUCAUCCUCAAGACGGAAAAUCCGGAACCAUCCAGAACCAUAACUGGUCCCGACAAAUCAGUCGAGACAAUCGUGCUAAAAGAUGCUCCGGAGACCCGACCAGCCACAACCUCCACCUUGAACGCCUGCAAGCCCACAAAGAUUACUCCAACCACAGAAGAACCACCCGGCUUCAGGAAGAACCAUCCUCACCACCUGCAACGCACAAUUCCAUGCCGCUCAACGCACCUGCCUCCGUUCCAGAUACUCCUCGAUGUACAACUCGGUGGCUCGGAGAAGGAGAAGAACCACCAUGGCAUGGAAAAGAACCGAACCGGACUCCCAACUCAGACGCCACGAUACUGGUCUGAAACGUUGCCGCCCGUCCUCACCGGGACCACCUCGUAUAGGCGCAGGAGCAGUCUGCGGAAUCGGUGUUAAUGAAGGAAAGAAAGCAUCAGUUCAAGGAGGACGAACACGACGGAACACUCGAGCGUUCACUGGCAGGAUCUACUGCGAUAAGGUGGACGAAAACUCAAUUUCUGCAACGAUCUCGAGCUGGUCUGCACCCAAUCCGAACCGCCAACGCCAGCGCCACAAAUCUAGCAGCAACAGCUUUUGCAGUGCUCCAAGCCCGGCGGCAACCAGUUCUUCGUCAGCAAAAAUUCACCCAACAACAGCAACAACCCGGAUCAGGAGGCGGAAACGGCGUCAACCUCGGCCAAGAAGACUAACAAGAAGCGGAAUCACGCGGAAACGCCGUCCGCAACCGGCACGCGGCCAUGGCAUUGCAAGCGCUCUCGGAUCGACGCCGCCCGAAACCUGCUCGAACAACGACUGCGGCUCAACAAGUUCCUUCCGAAACGACGGGAUGGAAACCGCAAGUACGCGUUUUGGUUCAGAGCAAAUAGAACUUUUGCACGAUCCUUGAAAUCCACUCCCCCGCAAGCGCAUCCUGGAACCGCCACACCGAAUGACCACGUUCCUGCAGCGCCAUCAAGUUCUCUCGGAACGACCGCUACGCGUUCUCUUUCUGGUCCAGAUCAACCGGAACCUGCCCCGCUGUACCCUCGAAGACCGUCCUACCGGAUAAAUUGUGCCUAAACGAAGCAACUACUGCAUGUAACUUCAAAAAAAUAAACAAAUUUAAACUUGAAAAUAUCUGUUUUAAUCAAAACAAAUCUAAUGACAGAUGACAGAAAAAGAAGAAGAAGAACACAAAAAAGAGGUUGAUGCGCGUCUGAUUUUUCACCUCUACGUCGUUCUUACAUCGCCCCCGCACGUAGGCCUCUUGCGAUGUUCGAACAACCUUGACAGGUUGACGUUUCGGGUGCAAAAUACCUUGAUUCGGGUCUGAUGCGUGUCUCAAAAUCAGACCCGCAUCGGCCCCUGUAGGUCUGAUCGUCGCUCUGACGGUCAGACCCGAUCGGGACCGUAUUUCUU